UGUUCGCUUCAACUGCAAUACACGUCUAUCCUGAGCCUUAUAAAAGCAAACACAAAUUCUAGGGUUUUUGGGAACACCAUUUCGCGCGGCCGCUAGUAGCAGAAAAAUCACUCACCGGCGCCAUGGGGAGGGUCAUCCGAGCUCAGCGUAAGGGUGCGGGUUCCGUGUUCAAGUCUCACACCCACCACCGAAAGGGUCCGGCGCGCUUCCGUAGCCUCGACUUCGGCGAGCGCAACGGCUACCUCAAGGGUGUAGUCACCGAGAUCAUCCACGAUCCCGGUCGCGGUGCCCCGUUGGCCCGCGUCAGCUUCCGCCAUCCGUUUAGGUACAAGAAGCAGAACGAGCUCUUCGUCGCCGCCGAGGGAAUCUACACCGGUCAGUUCAUCUACUGUGGGAAGAAGGCCAAUUUGGUGGUCGGAAAUGUGUUGCCUCUCAGAUCGAUCCCGGAGGGAGCCGUCGUCUGUAACGUCGAGCACCAUGUUGGGGACCGCGGAACCCUCGCUAGGGCGUCUGGUGAUUACGCCGUUGUUAUCAGCCACAAUCCUGACAACGAUACUUCCAGGAUCAAAUUGCCAUCUGGUGCCAAGAAGAUUGUUCCCAGCGGAUGCCGUGCGAUGAUUGGGCAGGUAGCAGGUGGAGGAAGAACAGAAAAGCCAAUGCUCAAGGCUGGCAAUGCUUACCACAAGUUCAGAGUGAAGAGGAACUGCUGGCCCAAGGUUCGUGGUGUGGCUAUGAACCCGGUCGAGCAUCCUCACGGAGGAGGUAAUCACCAGCAUAUUGGACAUGCUAGCACAGUCAGGCGUGACGCUCCUCCUGGGCAGAAGGUUGGUCUCAUUGCCGCUAGGAGGACUGGUCGUCUCAGAGGACAAGCUGCUGCCAACAUAUCUAAGGCAGACAAGUGAUGAGAUUACAUUUUGUUGUUUUAUUUUAUCCAAGACUAGUUUGGUGCAUUUUGUGGAGGAAGUUUUGUUUGGUUGGAUCAUUUAAUGUUUGUUGCUUAACAUAUUAUGAGUUCAAAAUGUUGGGUAAAUGAGUUAAUUAUGAUCCAAGCUCGAUACCAAAGUUUGUUGCUGAAUAUAUUGUCGGUUGAACAA